GAAGAAGCAAAGGAGAAAGGAUGAAGAAGAAACCCUAUAAACACACCCAAUCUUACACGAGGAACAAACUCUCUACAAAAAGAAAAAUCCUACUAGGGGAACUCCACCUUUCAACUGGCAUGAUACUAGUUGCAAUUAAAAGCAAAAACUUUUUAAACGUUACCAAAUCAGAAAAGCCCAAUGGGCCUUUUUCUUCCUGGGUCAACUUUCUCGUUACUUCCUUUGCAUUUAGCAUCUCGCCGUCCACACUGGUACACCGUACUACAAUGGCCGCCGCCAGCGACAGAAGAAUGAGAGCGUUCAUACGGUGGAUGAAACAUCAAGGCAUAGAUUGCAGCGAUGCUCUCCUCAUCUCGACGGAAAAUAGCGACGCCUCCCGUCCACCGUCUACCUCCGUGAAGGCUCUUUGUGAUCUCAAAGAAGGCGACGUCGUUGCCACGAUUCCGAAACAGAGUUGCCUGACCGUCAGGACCUCCGCCGCCAACCAUCUAAUUGAUGAGGCUGAGCUCGGUGGAUAUUUGGGCCUAGCCGUUGCAAUCAUGUACGAGAAAAGCCUUGGACCGCAAUCCAAGUGGUUUGAAUACUUGCAGAUUCUGCCUCCCUUCGAGCCCAUCCCCUUGCUGUGGUCGCUCCCCGAAAUCGACUCUCUUCUCUCGGGCACCGAGCUACACAAGACAGUUAAGGAAGACAAAGCUUUGGUCUAUCAAGACUGGAAGGAGUGUAUCCAACCCAUUUUGGAUAUGGCAUCUUUUGAGCUAAAUCCAGAUUUUUUCACAGUAGAUGAAUAUUUGGCUGCAAAGAGUCUAGUUGCAUCACGAUCAUUUGAAAUAGACGAAUUCCAUGGUUUUGGCAUGGUCCCUUUGGCUGACCUUUUUAAUCACAAGACGGCUGCUGAGGAUGUUCAUUUCACGUCUCUAGAUUCUAUUUCUGAAUCUGAUAAAGACAUUGAAAGCAGAAAGGAAAAUGAAUAUGACGGAAAUGACAUAGAUGAUGAGCCCACUGCUCCUGAUUUUCAUGCCGAAAUAGAAGAUUUAAGCCAGAGCGACCUGGAAAUUUCUUCUGUAGCUGGAGAUGAAUCUACAUAUAUGGAAAUGAUUAUCAUUAAAGAUGUCAAAGCUGGAGCUGAGGUGUUCAACACAUAUGGACAUUUGGGGAACGCUGCCCUUCUGCAUAGAUAUGGAUUUACAGAAGCAGAUAAUCCAUUUGACAUUGUGAAUAUAGAUUUAGAUAUAGUAGUUCAGUGGAGUUUAUCUUUGUUUUCAUGCCGUCAGAGUCGGAAAAGGUUAUCAUUCUGGAAAAAGUUGGAUUAUUGCGGAUGUGUCAGUCAAGAUUCCGAGUAUUUCGAGAUAUCCAUUGACGGGGAACCUCAGGUGGAGUUAUUAGUUUUACUUUAUAUCAUGUUGUUAACUGAGGAGGAUUUUCUUGAACUUGAUCUUGCAUUAUCUGCCAUGGGCAAGGUUAGAAAUGAUUCAUCCUUCGGCUUGCUGACAAAGGAGAACUUUCUGUUGACCAAAGUUUUAGAAGCUAAUAAGAAAGUUUUACUUACUCAAGAUGUUUGCCGAGCUCUUUCUUCACUAGCAGAUGCUAGGGAAAGGUUAUACGGCCCAAAAUCCCUGGAAGAAGACAUAAAAUCACUUAAUGAGUGUUGUCAAGCGACUGACCCUAAAUUGUUUCACUCUUUAAUACUGCGUGUUAGCGAGAGAAGGAUAAUUGAAAAACUUAGACUCUUUGCUGCAUCUGGAUCUGGGAUUUCAAUCACUGCUGAAAUAAGAAAAAAGAGGAAACGAGUGGAUAGAAAAUAAUAUCUGAGAUCAAGGUAUAAAAUUCAUGAGCCUUGUUAAAUUAAAGAGCUUCUAUUAUGUUAUUCAUUCACUGGCUUGGGGCAAAAAUUUUUGGGGUUAUACGACAGACAAAGUUGAUUGAAAAACUUAUGCACAGCCAGAGUUUGAGUUACAUGAAUUUUUCAACGAGAUUCGGCAUUUAUUGGAGAAAUGAAGAAUUGGUAUAACAAGCACCAAAAUGUGAGGAUUGCUUACUCUCGUUGACCAAUUUCUUGGCUCCGUAUCUCAAACUGUGAGUUUUCUAUAAUUUUUGUCAUUUUGUUAGAGCAAAUGAGGAUGCUCACUCCCUUUGUUACGAAUUAUGGUGAUUUGGCUCAUUGAAAAGUAUUAUUCUUUAUGUUGUUUAGCCCGGGAUAAGUAACCGGGCUUGGCUAAUGAUGCCAUGAUUGGAUCAUUUCAUUUCACACCAAUUAAUAUUGUAGGCUGAAAAAGCCUUUUAUAUGCCCUUCACGUUUGUAUUCUCUUCCUAUGCGUCGGUUUGAUUUGCUACAUAAGGACAGUGGGCUUAGUGCUGAAAGUUUGUGAACAAAAGUUUAAUUCGGGCUGCUUAUGCAAUUUUUAUCAACGUUAGGAGUCCCAAACUCCAUGCACCAUGCCACGACAUUAAAGCCGAGUUGAAUGAUUGAGCUGAAAUAUAUUCUAAAUUUUGGUUACCUAUAAUCUUGUUGAACACUUGACUUUCGGUUGAUGACGGUUUAUUUGGAUGAAAUCUCCGAGCAUGAAAAGUGAAAGGUUUCAUUUCUCUUAUGAGAUCCUGCUAGUGGUUUGUGAUGAGCCACAACGGACGUUGUAUCUUAAUUUCGGAGAUAUAAAUCGAACAAUAAUAGAAAAACGAAUUAAAUAGAAUUUGGAGUUAAAUUGAGAGUGCAAUAAUAAUUUUUAUUCCUUGUGUAUGAUUCGUCAUCGGACAUUAUUUGCUUUCAUUUUCCCUAUAUGGAAC